UAAGUUGAUGCUAAGAGGACACAGUGGCAGACGCGGAUCUCAAUCAACACAGUCACACAUGUAUACAGUAUUGUUGCCAUGCCAAGUCUAGUCACAUCACCACCAAGGCAGCUUCAGCACUUAACUAUGGAUGCUGACAACAAGGACAGGGGAAAAGACAGGGGAGGAAACAUGAAGUGUCGACUUAGAUCGUGUCAACACCCUAAAACGGAUGGGCUUUGUUACGAGGAGAUGUCCCAGUGGUCACACUCACUAGAGAGACUUCUAUCAUCCAAAUAUGGCAUGAAGAUAUUCCAGGCCUUCUUGAAGUCAGAGUUCAGUGAUGAAAACAUAGAGUUUUGGCUGAUGUGUGAGGACUACAAGAAGAUCAAAUCUUCCUUCAGGAUGUCCUCCAGGGCAAAAAAGAUCUUUAAACGCUACAUUCAAGCUGAGGCUGUGAGAGAGAUCAACAUUGAUCACAAGACCAGAGACUUGAUCAGACGGAACAUUAAGGCGCCCACCAGAGUGUGCUUCGAUGAUGCCCAGAGGAUCGUCUAUGGGCUAAUGGAGAGGGACUCUUACCCACGUUUCCUCAGGUCUGACAUCUAUCAGGCUCUACUGGACUCCACAUCAGAAUCUGUGAAGAUGUAAAGAAAACAGAUACCAGAGACAGUGUGUUUAUAGACACUGGACUGUGAACCUAAGCCCAAUGCUGGACUACCUGAGAGAAGCUGUGUUGUGUGUUUGCUCAUCUUGGGACGACUGUUGGUGAUUCGUUAACACCAAAAGCACCAAAAACUCAUUUUUUCAUUUUCAACACAUUCGUGCCUUACUUGUGAGUUGAAGAGGAUGUGCUUUGAGGUUGGCCAUGCCCAUAUACUCUGUGAGAGGGAAGGUCAGCUUUGUAGUAAAACAAAAACAAAGAGGGUUUGUUGAAAACCAGCUGAUAUAAUGGAAACAGAUGGGUCAGAGCCAAAAAUGUUCUACAGCUACAGUUGUACAUGAAUCACUAGAAGCUGCUGUGAUAGCCCCUGUAAGUUAGGAAAUUUCCCAGACAUGCCACGAUUAUGUCGUGAAAAUACCGGGUACUUUCUGUGAGAGACGCCAGGAAGUGUAUGUGGUGCAAACAACAACUUCCACCCAAGAUGCAAGUGCAUGAGCUGGUAUCUACAUUUGCACACCAUCUUAAGUUUGUUAUCUCACUAAAGCAAUAGAUAAGUAGAUGCAAGAUGUGGAUUUUUAUGUGUGGUGUUAUCCAUUUAGAGGUUUUACAUUCUGACAUCAAUGCUGUCACAGUGAAAUAACUGAUGUGUUGCAGCUAAAAUAAUUAGUUAUAAGCUAUAUAUUAAAAUGUGUUCCACAGUUUAUCACAAUGUUAUGAAUGUAAAUAUUAAGAUGGAUUUGUACAUAUUUAAUAAACAAAAUAUUACACUGGCA